CUUUUUUCGUUAAGAUAGUCUGCCAACCAGCGAAUGUGUGUUAAUUUUCAUUCGUGUCAAAGUUAUUAAAUUAGAAGGUUCCGUUUGUGGUGUAAAGAAUUUGUUUAAAUAUCAAUUUUCAACAACAUUUUCUUUUCGUUUUAAAAAUCACUCGCAUCUACCAAACAUAAUGGACAAAGUUGUUAAAUUUUGUGAACCUGGUCGUGUUUUCGCCAAAGAUUCUAUCAGAUUAGUGAAACGUUGCACCAAACCGGACCGUAAGGAGUUCCAGAAAAUAGCCAUUGCCACCGCUAUUGGGUUUUGUAUUAUGGGAUUUAUAGGUUUCUUUGUAAAACUAAUCCACAUCCCAAUCAACAACAUCAUUGUUGGAUCAUAAAUGAAUAAACCACACAAAAUAUCUUUGUAAUAAGUUUUCAUUAUAGUUUUAUAGAAUAAUACCUACAUAAUUGCGUUUAUUUUUUCUAUCAUUUAUAUGUUUUUGUAACAAACACGAUAAUCGAAAAUAUAUCUUUAAAAACCAUGAAUUAGUCUUAAUGAUAUACUCGAUUCUGUCUUAGGAAUUAGACAAAAUAAUGUAUGCAACGAUUUUAUUUCGAAAAAAAUAUGAAAUAUGCUUUUCUAA